AUGAAAGGUACUCCAGAGUUCCCUCAAUGUGGGUUUUCCAGAGCCACCAUCAAGAUCUUGGGACAACAGGGUGUUGACCCCGCCAAGUUUGCUGCUUACAACGUUUUGGAGGACGCAGAGUUGAGAGAGGGUAUCAAGGAGUACAGCAGCUGGCCUACCAUUCCACAACUCUACGUGAACAAGGAGUUCGUUGGAGGAUGUGAUAUUGUGAUGUCUAUGGCCGAGAGCGGUGAGUUGGGUGACUUGUUGGAGCAAAACGACUGUUUAGUACCCGAGGAAGGCGAUGCCGAUGUGGCUGCUGAUGUGAAGCCAGCAGACCGUUCCUGA